AUGUAUAGACGUGACACGUGCUUCCGAGCACGGUCAGAGUAUUUUUGUGUGCCGAAAAAAUCGCAACCCAUGGACAGCCGCCGAUUGGCAUUUUCCGUGCCGCGACAGCAAAGCUCAUCGACGUUUAAAAACAUAAAGGACUUAAGGACCAAUGAGUAUGCUGCGAUAGUUGCCCUGGUAAAGAGGCAUCUUGAACCGAUUAAAAGCAAGGGCACGGACUACGUCACAACAGUAGAUGUCAUUGACGAACUUGGAAGCGCGCUGGACGUAAAAAUAUUUACUAAGACACCAAGAUUUGCGAAUUUUUUUCAUGAAUUUGAUAUUAUUCGCAUACCUAGUGUUAAACUGAUUGGAGGCGGCAAGGCUGUGACCGGCCACGGAUCCAACGUGGAGGUGCUUGCACAUUUGAGCGAAGAGGGUUCGCGGGUGUAUGUCACAGAAUCAGAAAGAGAAAAGAUAGCUAGGCUUAGAGAGUAUAUGGCCAGCCAUCAAGUAUCGUGCGCAUGGCCCCUGUUGAAGAUCAAGGAUAUCAGGGAGUACAGCUCAUUCAGUUUGAUAGCCAUGCUUAUAUCAAUUAAAGAGGAAACGCCGAGCCUUACAGUUCUUCUAGUGGUAGACUUCACUGCGAAUUCUUUGAUAAAAAACAUCGUGAAGAACGCAUGGCUUUGCAAUGACAUGACGCUUUAUAUAAAGGUUUGGGGAAAUAGAAAAGAAAAAAAAAUGAAUGAACUGCAGAUAGGAAAGAUAUAUCACAUAAAAAAAUUGAGAACAGACAAACUGGGAAUGACACUUGAGGGAAGAAUAUCAGAGACAUUUUUCGAGCCGCUGACCCCUCUUGAUGAGCACAGCUCUGAGUAUCAAAGCAUUAUGCAGACAAGGAGCGAAUUUUACGGACGCAACAGUGCCGCACAGGAUCAACAAAUUGAGACUAAAAUGCCCGAAAAGUAUGAACUUUUCAAUUUGUGCAGAAUCACGGACAUCAAAGCAGCGGGUGUUUACAGAAUACGCGUAAAAGUGCUUCUGCAUUACCCAUUUGUACCCGUAGAGGCGACAAUAUGUCACAAAUGUAAGUUUAUACAAUCAGAAACCUACAAUUUCAAGUGCGUCAGCUCAUGCAAGAAUUUAUCAAGUUGUGUGCCCAUCAAGGAGAAAAUACUAAAAAUACAGGUGAAAGAUGCCACCGGCUUCAUUUGCAUUAUUCUAAAGAAUAAACUUGUAGAAAGGUUCAUGCAGAUAGAGCGAAACUUGCGAAGAGAAAACUUGGACUGCAUAGUUUUGCACAAAGACCGUGUCUUUUUCAUGUUAGAUGCUAAUUUUGAUGUACAGAACGAAGUAUGUCAGAAAAUGUGUUUAGAGUACCCGAUGUGA